AUGAUCAAAGCCAAAGACCAGAACCGAACUGUAGAUACAAGACUUUCAAGUUUCAUCACAGCAUUACCAAAAGCCGAAUAUAUAAAUCCAUUAGCUUUCCCUUCAUGGGAACACAAGGAAUCGAGAGCAGAAGCCGAGAUACGUGUAGCUGGCCCGAUGGGCAGAACAAAGGCCCAAGCAGCUGACGACUUCAAGGCCUUCCAUCCUAAGAUCCCAAGGAGUGAUAUACAGAUCUUCUCGGAUGGUUCAAAAAGCGAAAGCAAGGACGGCGCCACCGGAGGUGGCUUUGUAAUCACACAAUUUGAUAUCCAAGUGGCCCAAUACUCCUUCUCACUUGGCACAAAUGCAGAGGUAUUCGACGCGGAAGCUAUGGCUGCAGUAACGGGGGCAGCAAAGGCCCUAGCGCUUCCAUCAAUCAAACUUGCUACAGACCUAUGGAUCUUCUUGGAUAACUACGAAGUAGCCCUAAGAUUAGGCUCCCACUUCAAUGGCUCGUCUCAGGCGGUCUUCGAAGAUUUCCUGAAGCUCAAACAGGCCUGGGCCGCUAGACCGAGGCUCUCACAUAUUCCCCCUGCCAGAUCACAGCAUGGAGACUUUGCGGCAUAUCACGAACGCUUCAACCACACUACAGCUCACACUCUCUGCUCAUGCGGUAAAAGGAAAACCCCGUUACACUUCUUCUGCAAGAAAGGCAAAGCUUACAAAACACUUACGAAAAGCCCACCAUCUGAAGCCAUCCCCUGGCUUCUAGGCAUCCCCACAGGUGGUCUCGCACUAGCCAAAUGGCUUGAAUCCACCAAAUUCUACACAGAUAUCUGCCCACAGCUUGUAUCUGCAGCUUAA